AUGGAUAAACCCGCGGAGAAGAUCAGUUUCAAUGACCCGCAUGUUCAACGGCGGACUGCGACCAUCAACGGAAAAACCUACGCCUACCUUUAUGCCGAGCCAGUGCAUAAGUAUUCUCGAACGAUCUUCUUGAUUCACGGUUUCCCGGACCUCUCCAUGGGAUGGCGAUAUCAAAUCCCCUUUCUUUUAAAGCGCGGACUUCGUGUAGUUUGCCCUGAUUGUAUGGGGUAUGGACAAUCGGAUUCUCCCUCUGGCUCCAUGGUUCCAUUUGCCUUGAAAUCUCAGUGUGAGGACUUUUACCUCCUAGCAAAACAACUCGGUUGUGAGGACAUCAUACUAGGAGGUCAUGAUUGGGGAUCCGUGCUUGCCUCCCGAUUUGCGCUCUACUUUCCUGACUUCAUCACGCAUCUUAUCACAUUCGUUGUUCCCUACUUCCCGCCGUCGCCAAAAUACGUUGCUGUAAACGACCUAGUCAAACUACAGCCGUCAUUCGGAUAUAUGCUCCAAUUUGGGAGUGAAGAUGGUGUGAUCGAAUCACACACGCAAAACAAAGAGGGAAUCCGACAUUUCCUGAAUGCCUUGUACGGUGGGUUAACCCAGGACGGGAAAAAGGCCAUCACUGCGACAUCUGGCAUCGACUUCGAGUGUUUACCCCAGUUAUCGGCUGGCAAACUACUAGAUGAGGAGGAAAUGAACUACUAUGUCAAUGAGUUUUCACGGACUGGCCUCCGGGGCCCAUGCAACACCUAUCGUGUGUUUUAUCAAAAUUUCGUUGAUGAUUUGCCCCUACUCACUGAGAAUCCGAAAGAGGCGGUGAUCAAUUGUCCCACGCUUUUCAUUCGGGCGAUGGAUGAUUUUGCGAUUACUUCGAACAUGGUGGAGAAUAUGAGAGCAUAUGUUCCCCAUCUGACAGUUGAAGAAGUUCGCUCAUCGCAUUGGAUUAUGGUCCAGCGGUCACAGAAAGUGAACGAUAUUCUGGGGUUUUGGCUGCAGAAGCAGGGCAUCUUUUGA